CGAUCAAUCCUUAGGUCCAGUUCGUCUAAGUCCAUAAAUUUCCAAAAUUCAUCGAGUGUUUAAGUUUUGUUGAAUUGUACUGUGAUAAUCUUUUUUAGAACACUGAGUUUGAUUGAUGGUGAAAAUGUUUGUAGGUGAUGCAAAAGAACAUGUUCAAGAAAAAAGAUGUGGAGAGUGCAGCGAUCGAAUACAGAGACUUCAUCUCGAUUCACGCUGGGAACUACAAAGGAGGGUUGAAGAACUGCUUGAAUGGAGAUCCUAACCGAGACAUACGGUUAAGCAUGAGUGAGCAGUGGCUUGAGACUUUGGCUAAAACUCGUGGACCUGAUUUAGUAAAGUUCACGCAGUGGAAUCUUUUGAGGAUAUAUCCCAAGACAACACGGUUCGACUCGUAUAACUAUGAUCCUCUCGUUGGAUCAAUUUAUGGUGCUCAAAUGGUUGCCUUCAAUAUGCAAAUUUCUCCGUCGUCUGUUAUCAUCUCGGAUAAUGAGGAUCAAAUUCCCGUCGAUAUUGAGGUGGAGAAGUGUGAUCUAUUUACUGGGAAAUGGAUCAAAGAUCCUUUGGGACCGAUAUACACGAAUGGGUCGUGUGGUAUCGUUGUAGACGGUCAUCAGAAUUGCAUCACUAAUGGGAGGCCUGAUUCGGGUUUUCUAUACUGGAAAUGGAAGCCUAAUGACUGUUCCUUGCCUCGGUUUGAUCCUCUGAGGUUUCUGCAGCUUAUGAGGAAUAAAUCUUGGGCUAUAAUCGGUGACUCCAUUGCCCGUAAUCAUGUCGAGUCUUUGCUUUGUAUGCUAUCUAUAGUUGAAAAACCGGUUGAAGUGUAUCAUGAUGAGAACUAUAGAUCGAAGCGAUGGCAUUUUCCGUUAUAUAAUUUUACAAUAUCCAACAUUUGGUCACCUUUUCUUGUUCAAGCUGCUAUUUUUGAAGACUCAAAUGGUGUCUCAUCAGCUGCAGUCCAGCUUCAUCUCGACAAACUCGACAAUACUUGGACUGAUCUAUUUCCGAGCCUUGACUAUGCAAUCAUCUCUUCAGGGGAAUGGUUCCUGAAAACCGCGGUCUACCACGAGAAUGCUACUCUCGUCGGAUGCCAUGGCUGCCCGGAAAGUUCGAACAUGACGGAUUUAGGAUUUGACUAUGCUUACAAUACGUCGCUGCGCCAUGUUAUGGACUUCAUAGCAAAAUCUAAAACUAAAGGCAUGAUCUUUUUCCGGACUUCGAUACCAGAUCACUUUGAAGAUGGGGAAUGGCAUAACGGUGGUACUUGUAAGAAAACAGAACCGGUGAGUGAGGAGGAGGUCGAGAUGAAAGUUCUGAACAAGAUCUUGAGAGAUGUUGAGAUUGUUCAAUUCGAGAGAGUGGUUACGGAGACUGGGAAUCUUAAGCUUCUUGAUUUUGCUGGAAUGUUGCUGACUCGACCCGACGGGCAUCCAGGUCCAUACCGAGAGUUUAGGCCGUUUGAUAAGGAUAAGAACGCAACGGUACAGAACGAUUGUCUACAUUGGUGCUUGCCUGGUCCAAUUGAUCACUUGAACGAUGUCAUAUUGGAGAUCAUAGUGAAUGGUCGAACCGGGAAGUAACUAGUUUACUUGUAUCUUAGUCAAUUGCUAAACUGGAUGAAUUUAAAAACAGGUUUGGUAUAUAGGUCAUGUAAAUUGAUAAACUUGAAGAGAUUUGGUUAACAGCUGAAGUUUUCUAAUGAACCGGAUAGAGAGAGUCCCUAAGAUGAAUUGAAAACCGGUUCGGUUCACCAAAGCUAUUCUUAUGGAUCAAUUUAUGUAAAGCAGUUGGAGAUUCCAUUAAAAUGUAAUUUUUCUG